AUGGGUUCAGCCGCAUCAUUCCGUGGCUCCAAUUAUGGAUCACAGAUAGGGGCCAACUACGGUUCGGUCACUAACGAAUUUCAUCUUCCAUGGGAUCUUGACGACAAGUUAUCCCCUGUGCCUGGGGCUGCGUUCGAUUCAUACGUAGAUCAGCAUGAAGAUCGAUGUCUUCCAGGCACAAGAGCCGAUCUCCUCUCUGAGAUCAGCGAAUGGGCUUCGUCACCACAGGACAGAUGCAUAUUCUGGUUGAAUGGAAUAGCGGGAACAGGAAAAUCGACCAUCUCUCGAACCAUGGCAAAAUCAUUUAGCCUAUCCCAGUCACUAGGAGCAAGCUUUUUUUUCAAGAGAGGCGAAGGGGAUCGAGGGAAUGCAAGAAAACUUUUCCCGACCAUCGCAAGGCAACUGGCGAUCAGCAUUCCUGAGAUCACCCCACUCCUCCAGGAAACAGUCCGCGAGAACCCAGGUAUCAUAACGAAGACAAUGCGGGAGCAAUUCGAAAAACUCCUUCUUCAGCCACUCCACAGCCUCGAGCGUUCUAAAAUCCCUACCCAGGUUAUGGUGAUAGUGAUUGACGCAUUAGAUGAAUGUGAGGGAGAUGGUGAUAUUCGGCUAAUACUCCAACUUCUCCCCCAGCUACAAAAUCUAGCGGCUGCGCGUCUACGAGUUCUUUUAACUAGCAGACCUGAUCUCCCGAUUCGUAUGGGGCUUUUAAAGAUUGCGGACGAUGACCAUAAGGACUUCGUUCUCCAUGACAUACCUCUUGAAGCGAUCAAGCAUGACAUAUCGCUAUUCUUUGAUUACCGCUUAAUGGAGAUCAGAAAAGAACGCUUUCUACCAUCAAACUGGCCCGGAGACGAAGUUCUACAAAGGCUUGUGGCAUUAUCUGUUCCCUUAUUCAUUUUCGCUGCCACUAUCUGUCGGAUAUUUGAGGAACCUGACUGGCACCCGAUAGACAGUCUCACUGAGAUCCUAACACGCCAGAAUGACCAAUCUAAGCUAGAUAGGACGUACCUUCCGGUUCUUGAUCGUCUUCUAGGCAGACAACACGAGAAACAUAAAGAAAAACUCGUUUCCGAGUUCCAGCAAGUAAUCGGAGCUAUCGUGACACUAGAGAGUCCACUCUCGGUUCUCUCACUUGCAAAGCUUCUGGACCUUCCUGAGCGGCUUGUUCGCCUUCGACUAGACCCACUACACUCCGUGCUAAGAGUGCCAGUUUACGAAACGAAAAAUAUCUGUGGACUACCAAGUGAUGGAACCGAACGUACAGGGAUUGAUCGCCAGAUCGUCGAUAACAACCUUCCUCCGGAGUUACAUGCUCUGUUGUUUCUCGAGAGGCAUUUCCUACGGAAACAUUUCCUACAUUGGGUGGAAGCAAUGAGCCUCAUCGGUCUUACAUCGGAAAUCCUAGGCAUUCUUGAUCGGCUGCAAGGCGCCAUAUCGGGCAAUGACUCUCCCCUAACUUCGGAUUUUCUUCACGAUGCAAAGCGAUUUAUUCUGAAAAACCACCAGAUUAUUGAUCUAGCGCCCCUUCAAGUUUAUUGUGCAGGCCUUAUAUUUGCACCCCAGACAGCAAUAAUCCGUGCACAGUUCAAACGAGAGAAUCCAACUUGGAUAUGCCAGUUACCACGAGUCGAGGAAAGAUGGGCUGCAGAACUACAGACACUCGAAGGCCAUUCGGGUUGGGUUCAGUCGGUGGCCUUCUCGCCUGACGACCGGCUGCUGGCCUCCGGCUCUGACGAUAACACAGUGCGGCUCUGGGACCCAGCGACCGGCGUGCUCGUCCAGACGCUAGAAGGCCAUUCGCACUCGGUUUUGUCGGUGACCUUCUCACCCGACGGCCAGCUGCUGGCGUCUGGCUCUCAGGAUAACACAAUACGGCUCUGGGACCCGGCGACGGGCGAGCUCACCCAGAUGCUCGAAGGCCAUUCAGAUUCGGUUUGGUCGGUGGCUUUUUCGCCCGACGGCCGGCUGUUAGCGUCCGGCUCUGGUGAUAGCACAGUACGGCUCUGGGACCCGGCGAUAGGCGCGUUCACACAGACGCUCGAAGGCCAUUCGGAUUCGGUUUGGUCGGUGGCCUUUUCGCCUGACGACCGGCUGCUAGCAUCUGGCUCUAAGGAUAACUCAAUACGGCUCUGGGACCCGGCGACGGGCGAGCUCACCCAGAUACUCGAAGGCCAUUCAGAUUCGGUUCAGUCGGUGGCCUUCUCACCGGACAGCCGGCUGCUAGCAUCUGGCUCUAAGGAUAACUCAAUACGGCUCUGGGACCCGGCGACAGGCACACUCGCCCAGAUGCUUGAUGACUAUUCGGAUUCGGUUUGGUCGGUGGCCUUCUCGCCCGACGGCCGGCUACUAGCGUCCGGAUCUAGCAAUAAUACAGUACAGCUCUGGGACCCGGCGACAGGCGAGCUCACCCAGAUGCUCGAAGGCCAUUCCUAUUUGGUUCAGUCAGUGGCAUUUUCGCUCGACGGCCGGCUGUUAGCGUCCGGCUCUGGUGAUAGCACAGUACGGCUCUGGGACCCGGCGAUAGGCGCGUUCACACAGACGCUCGAAGGCCAUUCGGAUUCGGUUUGGUCGGUGGCCUUUUCGCCUGAUGGCCGGCUACUAGCGUCCGGCUCCAUCGAUAACACUGUGCGGCUCUGGGACCCGGCGACAGGCGCGAUCGCCCAGACGCUCGGAGGCCAUUCAGAUUCGGUUUUGUCGGUAACCUUCUCACCCGACGGCCGGCUACUGGCGUCCGGUUCCAUGGAUGACACAGUCCGGCUCUGGGACCCAGCGACUGGCGCGCUCAAACAGACGCUUGAAGGCCAUUUGGAUUCGGUUUGGUCCGUUGCCUUCUCACCGGACAGCCGGCUGCUGGCGUCCGGCUCCAUCGAUAACACUGUGCGGCUCUGGGACCCGAUGAUAGGCGCCCUGACACAAACUUGGGAUGUUGGGAAAAUGGUCUCCACAGUAAAGUUUUCCUCCGACGGUUUAUCUAUCCACACCAAUGCUCGCAUUCUUGAUAUCCAAUCCAGGAACAUUCCUACCCCUCACCCGCCUCAUCCGCCCCAUCCGAAGAUCGGUAUUUCUAUUGAGCAUGGGAAAUGGAUAGGCCUGAAUGGUGAAAAGAUUCUCUGGCUUCCUGUCGAGUCACGGCCAACCUGUUUCGAGAUUAAUGGUGAUACACUCGCCCUGGGACACGCAUCAGGGCGGGUUUCCUUUAUCAGGUUUUGUACAUAG